UGGCUUUCUGGGAGAAGGAAGUAUAGAACAGAGUAAAAUGGGAAAACGUUGACUUGGAAAAUAUAGCUAUAGAAAAUAAGUUUUUGUUUUUGCACGGUCCACUAAGAGGUUACUUUUGCAUUUAAAAUACUUAAACGUGUGUUUUGAAAGUUGGAAAGAAGGGCCCACUGUUGUACCAUUUGACAAUGGGAGCAGAUAAAAGGGUCAGUCGCACAGAGCGCAGUGGGAGGUAUGGCCCAGAUCAGAGUCGGGAGGACUCAAAGUGGCGUGAGCGUCGGGACAGGGACCCAGAGCGCGAGUAUGAGCGUCGCUGGGGAGAUGAGAGGCGCGCCGACCGCAACGACGACCACAGGAACCGCGACAGUCCUGAGAGAAUGGACCGGAAACGACACAACAGUGAUAGGUCAGAGGACUACCACUCGGAUGGAGAAUACCAGGAGCAGGACUUCAGAGGAGAGCUGGGAGAGGAGAAGGAGAGCAAGACCAUCAUGCUGAGGGGCCUGUCGGCCCACAUAACCGAGGAGGAAAUCCAGGCAGCCCUGGACCUGCUGCAGGGACCCCAGCCUGUAGACGUCCGGCUCAUGAAGAACAGGACAGGUAUAAGCCGAGGGUUCGCCUUCGUGGAGUUUUAUCACUUGCAAGAUGCUACCCGAUGGAUGGAGACCAAUCAGAAGCAGCUGGUGAUCCAGGGCAAGAGUGUGGCUGUACUCUACAGCAACCCGCGCCACAAGUUUGAAGACUGGCUGUGCAACACCUGCGGCCUGUACAAUUUCCGGAGGAGGCUGAAGUGCUUCAGGUGUGGAGCAGCCAAAGUUGAAGGCGAGUCCAGCACCUCCAGUGGAGUGACUCCAGAGCCACAGCAGAGUGGGGAAGACUAUGGCGAUACCAUCAUCCUGAGGAACAUCGCACCGUACACCACUGUCGAGGCCAUCAUGGCCGCCCUGGCUCCGUACGCCAACCUGGUAGCACGAAACAUCCGCCUCAUCAAGCACAAACAGACCGGGCAGAACAGAGGCUUCGCCUUCGUGCAGCUCCCCUCCCCUCUGGAGGCCUCCCAGCUUCUCACCAUCCUCCAAGGACUGCAGCCGCCACUGAAGCUGGACGGAAAGACCAUCGGCGUAGACUACGCCAAGAGCGGCCGGAAGGACGUGGUCCUGCCGGAUGGGAGUCGCAUCAGCGCCUUCUCGGUGGCCAGCACCGCCAUCGCAGCGGCCCAGUGGUCCUCCAGCCAGCCACAGCAGGGUGCAAGCGGCGGCAGUGCUUCAGAGUUUGCGUACCUGCAGGAGGGCUAUCCGCAGUACGUCCAGGACUACCAGUCUUACUAUCAGCAGCCGGGGGCAGUGGAGCCAGCCCUGGGAGAUGGGAUACUGGGAGCUGCUCCUGGCAUGAAGACGCUCCCGGUCGCCACAGCGGUCGUGGUGUCUCAGAGCGCUCAGGUCUACCAGCCGCACAUAAUCGGCCAGCCUGCCACACUGUCACAGCCAGCAGCACCUGCGACUGAAGUGAUAGAACUACAAGCCGCAGCAACAACCGCAACCGUGGCCACAACUGUAACAGCCACGGUGACCAGCACAACACAAGCUUCCGAGAGCACAUCCACUGCUCCUGACACGUCUACCUACCAGUACGAUGAGUCAUCUGGGUAUUACUAUGACUCUCAGUCAGGGCUCUACUACGAUCCAAACUCUCAGUACUUCUACAACUCCCAGACCCAGCAGUACCUGUACUGGGACACUGAGAAGCAGACGUACGUUCCCGCGACCAACUCCACCUCGGCACAGGCCUCAGGAGCCCCCGCUGCCAUGGGCUCCAAAGAGCCCAAGGAGAAGAAGGAGAAGCCCAAGAGCAAGACUGCACAGCAGAUCGCCAAGGACAUGGAGCGCUGGGCCAAGAGCAUGAACAAGCAGAAGGAGACCUUCAAGAACAGCUUCCAGAGCCUGGGCCAGUCCCGGGACGAGGAGAGGAGGGAGGCGGCCGCUGCCGACGCAGGCUUCGCGCUCUUCGAGAAGAAGCAGGGUGGUGGGCUGGAGAAGCAGCUCCUGAUGACGGAGCUGGUGAGGAGCAGAGAGGAGGAGAGUGCGGUGCGGGACAUGAGCGGGCUGGUGGCGGCGUACGCCGGGGACAGCGACCCCGAGGAGGCCGAGUCCGAGAGGGGGGAGGAGGGCGUGGACAAGCUGACGGACUGGAAGAAGCUGGCCUGCCUGCUCUGCCGCCGGCAGUUCCCCAACAAGGAGGCUCUACUGCGCCACCAGCAGCUCUCUGAGCUGCACAAGCAAAACUUGGAAGUCCAAAGAUCCAAAAUGUCAGAAGCGGAGCUGGAGGAAUUGGAGAGAAAGGAGACUGAGAUGAAGUACAGAGACCGGGCUGCUGAGCGAAGGGAGAAAUAUGGCAUUCCGGAACCUCCCGUGCCCAAGAAGAAGAAAUUCUUUGAGCCGCCCAAGACUGUAAACUACGAGCAACCCACCAAGGACGGGCUGAACAGCGACAACAUCGGGAACAAGAUGCUGCAGGCCAUGGGCUGGCAGGAGGGCCGGGGCCUUGGCCGCCGGCAGCAGGGCAUCACGGCUCCCAUCGAGGCCUCGUUAAGGACGAAGGGGGCAGGCCUGGGAACCAAAGGCAGCUCUUACGAGCUGUCCGCGACCGACACCUACAAGGACAUCGUGCGCAAGGCCCUGUUUGCGCGCUUCACCGAGCUGGAGUAAAGUUCGGGCCAGUCUCAAACCCCGCCCGAUCUGUCCAUCCCCCCCGAGACCUUACACCAGAUACAGAGACGGCCCCGCCCAUACCCUGCAGCUCUGGGUGCCGACAGUCAUCCGCUCAUCCGUCAAUCAUGCCCCAUCUCUAGUCCCUCACACUGAAGCAUGACCUGAACCCUGGCUCAAAAGGGCAGGCACAGAGGGAGGCCACAGCGUUUGAGGAAAGAGGCUCAAAUUGGAGACGCUGACUAUACAAUGUUAUAAUUAUUAUCAUUUUAUAAUUAUAAUUAUUAUUUAUUUGAGAAUUAUAUAUUUGCAGAGUGCAAACUGAAAAUGUGUAAAUCUUCUCUGAGCCUUGUGUGGCCAUCUGUGGCUUUGUAGCAGAGUGACAGAUAGGUGAAAUGUGCAGGAUAUCCGUGUUACAGGUGGAACUAAAACUAUUUAAUCUAAGUUCAUUUUUGUAUAUAUUUUCCAUGUUUCAAAGUCUUUCCUAAAUGCAGUCAGUAGCUAUUUCUGUUCACUUGUACAGUUUGUAUGAAUCAAUAGUUUCAUUUUGUACAGAUCAAAUAAAUUACAAUUUGAUCCCUCUUGGCUGUCUGAAAGAAAUAAAUGCUUGCUGUUGAACACAA